AUGUCGCUCCACCAGCGGCCGCACCAGAAGCCGCCGGCAGCGGGCGACUCUCUCCCCGUCUCCUCCCCCACCGCCGCCACCGCCCCCUCCCGCCCGCACCACCUCCUCACACUCCCCUACCUCUUCUCCCUCCUUGCGGUUCUCCUCUUCGCUGCCCUCGUCCUCCCCUGGGGUCCAGCAGCGCGCCCUCCUUCGCCCCCGUGGCGCUCCUACACCCUCCACGAGGCCGCCGCCUUCGCCGCCGCAGCGGGAAACGGCACCGUGCUCCUCGCCGCUGUCUCCGGACCGUACCUCCCCUUCCUCUCCAAUUGGCUCAUCAGCGUCCGUCGCGCCGGCCGCGCAGAUCAGGUGCUCGUCAUCGCCGAGGACUACGAGACCCUCGACCGCAUCAAUGCCGCCUGGCCAGGACACGCCGUCCUUGUGCCCCCCGCGCCCGAUGCCCAGACCGCCCACAAAUUUGGAUCCCAGGGGUUCUUCAACUUCACCUCGCGCCGGCCACGGCACCUGCUGCAGAUUCUCGAGCUCGGGUACAGCGUCAUGUACAACGAUGUCGACAUGGUGUGGCUUGCCGACCCGUUCCCUUACCUCGUCGAGAAUCACGACGUGUACUUCAUGGACGAUAUGACUCCUGUGAAACCACUUGAUCAUUCACAUGAGCUACCACCACCAGGGAAGAAAGGGCGGACAUAUAUUUGCAGCUGCAUGAUUUUCCUCAGGCCAACUGAAGGUGCCAAGCUCCUGUUAAGGAAGUGGAUCGAGGAGCUUAAGGAGCAGCCCUGGUCGAAGCAGAGGAAGUCAAAUGAUCAGCCAGCAUUCAACUGGGCUUUGAACAAGACUGCUGGGCAGGUUGAUGUGUACCUCCUGCCUCAGUCUGCAUUUCCAACUGGAGGCCUAUAUUUCAAGAAUAAAACAUGGGUCAAGCAGAAUAAGGGCAAGCAUGUUAUUAUACAUAAUAACUACAUCACAGGGUUUGAGAAGAAGAUAAAACGGUUCCGUGAUCAUGGGCUGUGGUUGGUAGAUGAGCACAGUGAUGAGUCACCGCUUGGCAGAAUCUGA